AUGACUGAUCCUCCUGGUGCGAUAGCACCGCCCCCUCCGCCACAUUUAUCACAAGAGCUAUACGAUAUGUUCAUCGAUGCGCUUGCGGUGCCAGCAGGACCAAUUUCCCGGGCGGAUCUACUGGCAUGCUGCCUCGUAUGCCGGUCGUGGGUCCAUCGCGCCCGAACGCAUUUAUACCGCCAGAUCCGCUUGAGGCCGCUUACCAAUCUAGAGCAGUAUGAUGAAAUAUACACAAAAAACUGUCUGCUGCCGUAUGUCCGUCAGGUGGCGAUCAUCGGAUGCUUGCUUCGGCACGUAUACACCCCCGACGAUGCAGGUUCUGGUCUGGACGACGACGAGCACCCAGACCACUCGUGGCUGGACCCUGCCGCCGCCUUUCUCGCACGGUUCCAGAACAUCGAACUGUUGCAUCUCUACGAUCUCAGCUGGGGCGACAUCAAGAAAGAGACACGCGACUUCUUCCUGACCCAUUUCCCUGAUGUUACCAUGCUGCAGCUGUCUUCUGUCGAUUUCUGGAAUGCUAACCAGCUCUUCCGCACUCUGGAGUCGUUCAAGCACUUGCUCGCGCUCAGCACGGAUCAUAUAUCCUGGCACCGGGCGAACUACACUCGUCGCCAGAUGUCCCAAACAGACUCCAUGCGUUUGAGGCGUUUGAUGUUGGGCCAGACCGAGGCCGCGCGCUAUGGACCCAUGAUCACCUGGUUACUAGGAAACCGGGAGACGUUCACCGUGGAUGAAGCACUGAUCAGCUGGGAGGAUACCGAAAUUAAAAGCCUCGUGCGCCUGCUGAGGAGGAUUGCGCCGACUCUGUCUUGCCUCGUGUACCAGCAGUCGAUGCAGCUGCCAGGAUCCGAAAACGCUGAAGCACGCGUUGCGACGGCAAAUGCUCUCCUAGGAAACCCCCUGCCCAUCGUGCACGCUGCCGCGGCAAACCCGCCAGCUCCAAUUGCACCACAGGUGAACCAAGUCCCCGGUACAUUUAAUGCCGGACAGAUUAAUAUAAUUGAAGGUUUUAAUGCUGGAUUGAUUGGAUUUCUUGUGGCUGCCGACGCCAACGAUGGCAAUGAGGGCACUGACGAUGAAGAAGUUGGUGACCAAGACAACGAAGACGACGAUGACAAUUUGUCGGACGAUCACGUUCGCCCUUCGACCCCAAUUGAACUCGAGGACGAUGAACCCGAAGCUGAGGACGUCAUUGCGGGUUUCAUCGAAGAGGACGGCAAUUUUGUGGCUGAGGGCGAAGCGAUGCGGCUGGGCUUGGAACACCUCGACGAAGCACCGAUCACGGAAAGCUCGAUCAAGAUACUGCAGGCACGCGUUUUUUGCACUACGAUGGCGCUCUUUGGAGUCAAGCUGAUGUGCCAACUGGUCUCGCCCGACACCAAGAAUUUCACGCUGGUGCUGAUUCUCCCCAGCGGCUGGUCUGGUCCCGUGCUACGUUGGUCGAACCUGAGCUCCGUGCUGGACUGGGCUGCCGUCAACAAUAUGCUGGCUGUGGCCGCUGGGCGCGUUACGAGCGGGACUGUCCUCGAUCUUGUCUUUCACGGGGCCGUUGGGCGUCCCUUGGCCGACGCAAACUCGGUGUCGUUGAAAAGUGCGCUGAGGGAGUACCUACCUGCUGUAUUCGCAAGUGGACAGUGGCGCGUGUUCUGGGGCAAUACGCUUGUGUGA